AUGCAAGAAAUUGCCGAGCUUGUCGCCUUUGUCAAGGAGUUCCCAGACUCGAACUUCAAUGCUGGGAUGCGCAUCCGUAUCCUCAUCUCGAAAGCCGCGGACGAUAUUUACUUCUCAUUCCUUGAGUAUGGACUGGUGUAUUCCCGCUGCUCAAGCGGUCUUUUCCCACUGAUCAAGUGGGCCCUCCGGCGGCGAGCUCGCACCUCAUCGUGGUGA